AGGCAGAGAAAGCCAUCAGCCUCUUUAAGGCUCAGAACUCUGGUGUUGAUCUGAGCUCCAUCGUGACUCUCCCACUGGCUGAACUGAGUCAGAAGGUCAGAGGAGGAUCUCUGAAGCCCGACGCUGUGAUCUAUGCCUACAUGGAGAAGGUCCAGUGCGCUUGUUUUGAUCACACACUCACUCUCCGACUGAGCUCUAAAUGAUAUGACGACGGUGUUACCGUGACCUUAGCGUUAUUGAAUAAAACACAUGCCGUUACAGGACAAUAGUCAGCGUUUGGUGGUAACUGUGCUUUAUUACAUCGGCAGGUUUAAAAACAGCUGAUUAUCAGGGCUGAUUAUCUCCUGUCAAUCAAAAGGGUGUCGGAAUGUUAAAAUACUUUAAACGCAGGUAAUCUCAUUACCCCCGUUACAGCUCGACACGGCAAGAAUGUGAAUGUGAAAAAUGUGUUAUCUUAAGAGACAGACUUCAUCCCGAGUAAAUGCUAACGUUCUGCACUUCUGUCGUGCAAGCAUUCCAGACAAGAUAAGAACUCUAGCAUGAUGGAGAACUUUCCAUUAGUCCGUCCUUUAUGUUUAGUGUAUAAACCAUCAUGGGAUGAGUAAAAGUGUGGUGUAGAUGCAUCACAUGCUUCAGUCCAUAUCUUUAGUCAGAAAAUGCUUUUUCAGAAAAUGCCUCUUUGCUGCCAAAAUAGCCCCGACCUGUCGAGGCAUGGACUCUGCUAGAUCCCUGAAGGUGUGCUGUGGAAUCUGGCACCAAGAUGUUCCUUGCAGCAGAUCGUUUAAGUCCUGUAAGUUUCAAGGUGGGGCAUCCAUGGGAUACAUACAGGACCUAAAGGAUACUUUUGAUAGAUACUGACCACUGCAGACCGGGAACACCCCACAAGAGCUGCAGUUUUGGAGAUGCUCUGAUCCAGUGGUCUAGCCAUCACAAUUUGGCCGCUCAAAUCCUUACGCUUGCCCAUUUUUCCUGCUUCUGACACAUCAACUUUGAGGACAAAAUGUUCACUUGCUGUCUAAUAUAUCCCACCCACUAACAGGCUCUGGAGGUGAACAGGAAGCUGAACUGUAGCACCGCCGUCCUCAUGGAGAGUUUGGAACAACUGGAAGAAAUAGAAUCGCACAAAGACGGCCUUCUCUACGGCGUUCCGGUCAGCAUCAAGGAGAACGUGGAUUACAAGGGCUACGACUCUACCUGUGGUGUAUUGACUAAGCUGGAUGAUCCCUCCAUUAACGACAGUGUGGUGGUCUCGGUGCUGAAGAAGCAGGGUGCCAUCCCCUUCAUCAAAACUAACGUUCCUCAGGGUCUCCUCAACUAUGAAUGUAGUAACCCCAUAUACGGGAGGACGGUGAACCCCUGCAACCUCGAGAAGACGCCCGGCGGCUCUUCGGGAGGCGAGGCUGCUCUGAUCGCUGCAGGAGGAUCUGUUCUGGGUCUGGGAACCGACCUUGGAGGAAGCAUCCGCAUCCCAGCAGCCUUCUGUGGCAUCUGUGGCUUAAAACCCACAAACAACAGGAUCAGCAUGCAUGGACUUGACUCCUGUGCAAAAGGAGGAAAGACGGCUCUGACAGCUGUUGGUCCAUUGGCCCGUGAUGUGGAGGGUCUGGCUCUGUGUAUGAGAGCUUUACUCUGCACAGACAUGUUCACUCUGGACCCUACGGUUCCUCCAAUACCGUUCAACCAGCAGGUGUACGAGAGCACAAAGCCCCUGAGGAUCGGUUACUAUGAGAACGACGGGUACCUUCAGCCGUCUCCGAGCAUGAGCAGAGCUCUACGAGAGACCAAGGAGCUCCUGGAAAAAGCAGGACACACGCUGAUUGAGUUUAAACCUCCCCGUAUAUACGACGCCUUCCAUGAGUUUGUUCUGAGGGGAAACCUUGCGGAUGGCGGCUCUGUGCUCCUACAGCACUAUAAGGAAGGCCCGAUCGAUCCAAGUAUGAAGUACCCAGUGUCUCUCUGUAGGUUUCCUCUGUUUGUGAAGAAGUUGAUCUCACUGCUCCUCAGACCCAUCUAUCCACGCAUGGCUGCAGCCAUAAGCUCCAUCUGUGGAGUCAGCAGUGUAAUAGAUCUGUGGAAGCAGCACAAAGAGGCUCAGGAUUAUGUCCAUGAGACGUUAGCUGAGUGGGAGAAGCUGGAGCUGGACGUUCUGCUCUGCCCCAUGCUGGGUCCAGCUUUUAACUUCAACUACGCCGGACAACAAAGCACUGCCCUGAGUUACAACGCUCUGUACAACGUGCUCAACUUCCCUGUUGGAGUCGUUCCGGUCACCAAGGUCACGGAUGAGGAUGAAGAUCAGCUGAAAAACUACAGAGGAAACUUCGGAGACGUCUGGGACAAGACUUUUGUCAAGGCCAUACAAGACGGCGUGGGUCUGCCAGUAGCAGUGCAGUGUGUGGCUCGGCCCUGGCAGGAAGAGAUGUGUUUGCGGCUUAUGAAAGAAGUGGAGAAGCUCUGUGCCGAAAACAAACGCUCCAAAACACAACACUAAACACAAUUAAAGUACGUGGUUAACAACUAACAGAAAUAUAGGUCAUGUAUACACUGAUCAGGCAUAACAUUAUGACAAGGUGACGUGAAUAAGACUGAUCUCCUCAUCAUGGCACCUGUUAGUGGGUGGGAUAUAUUAGGCAGUAAGUGAACAUUUUGUCCUCAAAGUUGAUGUUAGAAGCAGGAAAAAUUGACAAGCGUAAGGAUUUGACUGAGUUUGACAAAGGGCCAAAUUGUGAUGGCUAGACCACUGGAUCAGAGCAUCUCCAAAACUGCAGCUCUUGUGGGGUGUUUCCGGUCUGCAGUGGUCAGUAUCUACCGAAAGUAUAAUUCAAGUCCUGUAAAUAUCCCAUGGAAGCCCCACAUUGCAACUUACAGGACUGAAAGGAUCUGCUGCUAACAUCUUGGCACACCUUCAGGGAUCUAGUGCCUCAGCGGGUCAGCGAAAGUGGGACGAACACAAUAUUAGGCAGGUGGUCAUAAUGUUAUGCCUGAUCGAUGUGCAUUACACCACAGUGAAAUACUUUUAUUAUAUCUCAUAUCCCAGCUUGUCAGGAAGCAGGGAAGUCCAAGGGUCUUGGUCAAGGACCCGACAUUGGCAGCUUGAUAGCGCUGGGGUGCACCAGUAACCCAGAGCCUUAACCCUUGACCUACCACUAACACCGUAGUGGUAUGUAGUCCACAUUGUGGAGUUGUUCUCAGUGAAGCUGAUUCAGCUUUACCUGUAACUGUUAAAACAAUAAAACCUCACACUCCCAUGAAUGUCUCCUUACAAAAAAACCUUCAUAUUAACCUCUAUGCAAUUUUCUCUAAUCUUUAUAAUCCAUUUAUUAAUAAUCUGAUUAUUUGAUUGUGUCACCAACAUUUAGGUCCCUGUGAAUGAGCUGUUACCAUAGAAACCAUCAUGUAUCGGAACAAGUGCAUUAAUAUAAACUUGUCAUUUAUGUUAAAGAUCAGACAACUACUGGGGAAAUUGUGAACACAUAAAUAGCGUGUAAUAAAUUCCAGUACAAAUC